UUUGAGGGGAAUUAUAGAGAUUGGAGGGGAUUUUUUUUAUAUGAAAAAAAUAUUUUCCAUCGCAAAACGAAAACACGGAGAUUAAUCUGAAGAGUUUUGAGUGAUUUGGCAUUAAGAAGGAGAUUCGCCGGGAGUGCCAGUAAGACAUUAAUGACUGAGUUUGCCGUGUUAUGGCAAGAUUACUGAGCAACAGCAGCAGAGUAGUCAGAAAAAUCACGCAACAACUUAGUGACUUCCAGAGGGGUGUUUUGAGUAACUGUAGUCGAGAAGUUAGGAUGGCAAGUAGUGUAGGACACACAAAUCGGCUGAUCAAUGAGAAGUCACCGUAUUUGCUGCAACAUGCUCACAAUCCGGUUGAUUGGUAUCCAUUUGGCCAGGAAGCCAUUGAGCGGGCUAAGAGGGAGAACAAAUUGAUUUUCCUGUCGGUUGGGUACUCCACUUGUCACUGGUGUCAUGUGAUGGAGAAGGAGUCAUUUGCAGAUGAGGAGAUUGCAAGGGUUAUGAAUGAGAACUUUAUCAAUGUGAAGGUUGAUCGAGAAGAAAGGCCGGACGUGGACAGGAUUUACAUGAGUUUCGUGCAGCUGACGAGUGGAGGAGGUGGUUGGCCGAUGUCUGUAUGGAUUACUCCGGAUUUGCGCCCAAUUAUGGCUGGUACCUACUUCCCGCCGGUUGAUCGUUGGGGUCAGCCGGGAUUUCGGACAAUUCUUCUGCGCAUGGCGAAUAAAUGGAAAAAGGACUUUGCUGAGCUGGAGGGAUUCAGUUCCUCCGUCUUAGUUGCCAUGGAGCAGAGCCUGGCAAUGGAGGGAAUUGAAUCUGAUGACCUAGGGAUUGAAGAUAAGUUCAGGGAAUGCGUGAAGAUCUACAAGAGUCGUUUUGAUGGAGUCUGGGGAGGUUUUGGUCACUCUCCCAAAUUUCCCGAAGUCUCCCGGUUGAAUUUCCUCCUCCACGCUUUCCUGCACUCAGGUAUCUUUCUCAAUAAACCCGAUGAGGAGCUCUUCCGGACAGUGUCGUACACUCUCGAGAAGAUCUGUCAUGGAGGCAUCCAUGAUCAUGUCUUUGGAGGCUUUUCCCGGUACUCAGUUGACCAGAAAUGGCAUGUGCCGCACUUUGAGAAGAUGCUCUAUGAUCAGGCUCAGCUCAUGACAAUUCUCUGCAAUUGCUACAGGGUUAGACCGAAGAAGCUCUUCCUGGACGUUGCUGACAGAGUUUUUGACUAUCUCUGCAGCGAUCUCCGGGAAUCACGGGCAUUCUUCAGUGGAGAGGAUGCCGAUUCCUUUCCCACUCAUGUCUCCCCUGAAAAAAUCGAAGGAGCCUUCUACGGAUGGCGUCAGGCUGAAAUCGAAGACGCCUUUGUGGACAAUGCCGAAAAAUUCGCUGGCUUUUCCUUCAACGCCCUGGAAGUCUUUCUGCAUCACUACAAUGUCAAGGAGAAUGGCAAUGUGGAUCGCAAGAGUGAUCCUCAUGGUCACCUUGAAUCCCAGAAUAUCCUCAUGAUCACAGGAUCUCUGCAAAAAACAGCUGAUCACUUCAAAAUCCCAGUCGAGGAACUCCAGAAGAUGCUCAAUAUUGCAAAUAAUUUUCUCCAUGAGAUUCGCAGUAAGAGACCCAGACCUCAUCUGGACGUCAAGAUGGUGUGUUCCUGGAAUGGUUUAGUUCUCACUGGAUUGUCCAAGCUUGCCUCUCUACACGAAUCCUCUGUCCAGGAAGCCGCAGCUAAAUCUGCCGGGGAACUCUACAACUUCAUCCGGGAGGAAUUCUUUGAUUGUCAAUCUGGAAAACUCAAGAGAGUCUGCUACAAAAAGUCCGAAGAAGCCUCCUCAAAUACUCCCAUUUAUGGUUUUCUCGAUGAUUAUGCAUUUGUCAUCAGAGGCCUCCUGGAUUUCUACGAAUUCUCCCUGCAGCAAAAUGUCCUGGAAUUUGCCCAUGAACUGCAAAGCAUCCAAGAUAAGUUAUUCUGGGACAGCGACAAAGGAGGAUACUUCUACACCGAAGCCAAUUCGGAUCACUUGAUUGUGAGGAUGAAGGAGGAUUACGAUGGAGCUGAACCGUCGGGAAAUAGCAUGUCUGUGAAGAAUCUCAUUCUCCUCUCUAGCUACUACGAUUGUGGAGAUUUUCGCGAAAAGGCCAGGAGGACUCUCAAGCACUUCAGCGGAAUGAGCGUCUUUGGGUAUGCCCUCCCGGAAAUGAUGUCUUCAGCUCUUAUCUUUGAUACAGGAGUCAAUGAAAUUGUCAUCGUGGGUCCAGAAAAUCAAUCAACUGAUGAAUUUGUAAAGAUGAUAAGAGAGUUUUACAUCCCCGGUUUAACGGUUUUCCGUGUAAAUACGGAUGCACCGAAGGAUUUUGCAAAAAUUAAGAAAGACACCUAUAAAAUGGUCAACGAUUUGCCAACAGUUCACAUUUGCUUCAAUCAGAUGUGUCUGCCGCCUGAGACGUCUGUGGAGAAUGUAAGAAAAAUCCUGGCUGAGAAAUAUUCCUCUCGUCCCAAUUGAGCAAUUUACAAGAGGCAAAUCCUUUUUCUCCGGGCCUUCGGGGGUAUGGAGUUAACUUUUGCUAAAUUGUUUUAUGUUUUGCCUCCAAAAAUGCAUGUGAACAAAAGAAUUUUAACUGGAUUUCUCGGUUGGGCUUGAAAGUCGGAAUUUUGAAAAAAAUUGGCAAAAGGGAGAAAGACAUUUCUCAAAAAUAUUUAUGUGUAAAUAAUGCAUUUCCCAAUUAUAUUGGACUUCAUAAAUAAAUGAAUCCUUCAAAACA